UUACUUCUCGGUGGGAGUCAGUUCUGUUAUAGUAGGCCACAAGGUAGCACAACGCGACUCGUGUGUUCCUUCAAUCCUCUUCGGACUCUCUCUUUGAGUUUCUUCGAAAGUUGCUGCUCGUCGACGUCGUCGUCGUCGUCGUCUUUGAUAGCUUCACUCGUCAUAGUCAUCGUUUCUCAAACAUUUUUAUGAAGAAAAUCCCGCGAUUUCAAAGCUGCUUUUCUAUUAUUCGUAAGCUCGGCACAGCCAUUUUGGAGAACGCUCGGAAAAUUCAGUGAAAUAUAAAUCAAAACGAUUUCAAUGUAAUUGAAAUAUAUUAGGACGAUAAAAAAAAUAUAUCUAACAAGUAUAUAAAAAAAAAAAGAGAUAUUCCGAAUGAUCCAGCACGGAAAUGUUUUGAGUUAGGUUCGUGCGCGCGCGCGCACCACCAACAACAACGUGCGCGUACUCUCCUUCUUUCGAAAGAGAAAGCAGCAGAGUAGUAUCCCCGAAGAAGCAUCGUAGUAGUCUCUUAGUUUGUCGAUCGAUUUUUUCUUAUUUUUGAUUCCUCUUCCUCUUUGAACAAUAUCUCGUCUUUACAAUUUGUUAUUUUCCCCUUCAACACUUUUUUAAAUAUCAAUUUUUCAACUUAAUUUGUUCUUUCGAUCUGUCAUCGUCAUCUCGAUUUGUUCGAUUAUCGAUCACCAACAAUAAUGGUGGUGGUGGUACUUUGAUGUUUGAUUUAUGUAUUUAAUUUCGUGCGAUGAUCUACAAGACUUUGUUAAUUCUUUGGAUACUUCGAUGGAUCAGUUUUCUCGGAGAUCGCACGUUGGCCCAGGCAUGGCCGACGAGCCUCGACGAGUCAUUGGACGAAAAAAACGACGCGGAAAUUUUUCGUGCGGUCGUUGAAUCUAUGAGAGAAUGGUCCUUACACAAACGUGAACGUCAUAGAAACAAAAGGGAAGUGUCUAAAGUUUGUUACGAGGAUGUUGGAUGUUUCGAAGAUACAGGACCCUUCAGUUAUCUCGAGAUGUUACCUUCCCCACCAAAGGAUGUUGGUACCAGAUUUCUGGUUUACGGUAGCAGAAAGGCAAGAUCAAUACCAAUGGAAGUGCCAGCUGAAGAUAUAAACGAUAACGCUCACCGUGCCAUAGAUCCCGAUUUGCCGACCAAAGUAAUAGUACACGGCUUUGGAUCUAGUUGCGAUCACGUGUGGGUUUACGAGAUGAGAUUGGCACUAAUGACCGUUCAAGAGUGUAACAUUGUGUGCGUUGAUUGGGGUCCAGGUAGUGCAGUGCCAAAUUACGUUAGAGCAGCUGCCAAUACUCGACUGGUCGGUCGUCAAUUGGCCAAAUUGAUUCGAAACUUGGAAGUACCCCAAGAGAGGGUACAUUUGAUCGGGUUUAGUCUUGGUGCACACGUAGCUGGUUUUGCUGGAGCUGAACUAGGAAACGUGUCUAGAAUCACCGGAUUGGAUCCAGCUGGGCCACUGUUCGAAUCCCAAGAUCCCCGAGCACGAUUGGACGAGACAGAUGCUAACUUUGUCGAUGUGAUACACAGCAACGGUGAACAGUUGAUACUCGGAGGACUUGGUUCUUGGCAACCAAUGGGUGACGUUGAUUUUUAUCCGAAUGGUGGACGAAUGCAAACUGGUUGCUCGAAUCUUUUCGUUGGUGCUGUAUCUGACAUCAUUUGGUCUGCCCCGGUUGAAGGUAGAUCUUUGUGCAAUCAUCGACGAGCUUACAAAUUAUUCACCGAUUCCGUCAGCCCAAAAUGUCGUUUCCCAGCAUUCCCAUGUCCUCGUGGUUACGAUGGUCUUCUAAAAGGUGAAUGCUUUCCCUGUAACGUUAAUGGCGAGAAUAGGCCUUGCGGUGACAUGGGUUAUUACAGCGACAAAUUACCAGCUAGAGGUCAGCUUUAUCUAAUAACCAGAGAUGAAGAACCGUUCUGUGCUCAUCAAUACAAAGUAAAGGUGUAUAAUAGUCGUGGCGAAAGACCAACCAGAAGUUAUGGCAAAUUGCAGAUAACCCUGAUAGGUGAGGGAUCAUUCAACGAAAGUUUUGCCAUGACGCGAAAGGACGAAGAACUUUUAGUAGGUGUUACGCUUCAAAAGAUAGUUGUACCUCAUCCAGCAGUUAACAACAUUCAAUCUAUCGAGAUCAAAUAUACGGCAUACAGUGGUUGGUUAUCGUCUGGAUUGGUAACUUGGAGUAUAGAUAAGGUUGCAUUGGUUGAUAGUUUUGGUAAAACUUUAUCGAUAUGUAAAAAUGGUUUGAUCUUGGAAUCUGGACGAACUAACCGUCUACCACUUUAUCCGGGUGAUUGUGAAAUACCCGUUGAAGGAGAAAACGUUACGAAUCCUAUAAUAGUUCCAUUGGAACGUAUGGUUCAAGAGAGACAAGGUGGUUUUGGACCAUUCACGAAAGAUCAAAAUUAUGAUUUUAGAAAUAUUUAUUCGAGUGAAUUCACGUCGAAAAAGAGAACCGGCGGUUCGAAAGGUGUCGGGCCAUUUACGAGGGAUCAAAAUAUUCGAUUGGUUGAUGGAUCAUCCAACGAUUAUGAGAAUUCUGAUGAUAGUUCUGGUAGUUCAUGGAAAAUCGUGGAAAUUUCAAACGGUGGUGAAUCGAAUUCAUUGGACAAUGGGGAAAUUGAAAAUGGAAGAAGUUUUUCUGGUUCUAAUUUUAUUCAACAAGUUUCAACGUUUACUGAAACCACUCCGGAGGAUGACACAACGACCAAACAAUAUUUGCCAGAAAUUCGUGAACCCGUGUUACGUUCGAAUAAAAAAGAAUCUGGUAGGUCACUGAAGUUAUCUGAGAUAACCGAACCAAUUUUAAGACCACGUUCGACGAGACAAAAUUUAGGUAGAAGAAAUACAAGUUAUGAUGAGGAAAGGCAAGAUGAUGAAAUACAAGAAACCUCGUCGACAUCUACGAGAGGAUUUACCGUACAAUUUUUACCUGAAAGAUUAGCUGGGAUACUUGCCCAAGCUGAGAAAUAUGCCAGGCAAACUUUGUUGCCGUUGAUUUCGCAAUACACGCCUAGUUUUGUCAGCAGUUUUCGUCAGGAAGAACCGAAAUAUUUUCCACCAUUGGGAGAUAGAAUGGAUACGACGAAGGAAUCAUUUGAAAGUACGGUUAGAUCGAGGGACCAAAAUGCUAAACAAUUGGAUUUGCAAAAAGAAAGUGUCGAAAAGGACGAGAAAGUAAAAGAUGAUGAGGCCAUUGACCAAAAUACUUCAAUGGAUGUUGUUAUUGUAAAGAAGGAGGAUAAUGUAACCAUAGAAAGAAAUGAAAGUGACGAGUGGGUGCCGAUCAAAGAACCGGAUCCUACGAUUUCUCAAAGGAACACUAACCUCUCUCGAUCUUUUGAGCUGAACGAUGAAGAAACGAUAACUACGACGAAAAAAUCCAACGAUUGGGUACCCAUAAUAGAAAGUACGACUAUCAUUUCAUCAGAUGAACCCAACAACGAGGAUCUUUUGAGAUCAACGAGUUCAUCGAUGGAUUCUGAAGAUCGUUUGAUAAUCACCGAAAGAUCAACGUCCGAUGAAACGAACGAGGAACGUAAAUUCAUACCACUGAUUGAUUUGGAUAAUUCCAAUGAUUUUUUUCCAUCGACCAGUUCAAACGACCUUGGCGAGUCUCGUUCGACGAUUAGCUCAACGACUUACCCUUCGCACAUACAAAAAAUUCCAAGAUCUUUGAACACGAGCAAGAACAAGGAACCCAAAUCUUUUCCGAAGAGGACGAUGAUGUUUCCUUACGCUUACGAAAGAAGAAAGGAUCCAAGGACGAGGUACAUACCAUUGAUUCCUGAGGAAGACCUCGGUAGAUCCAUUACGUCUAUCGAAAGGGAUCGUUGAUGGAUCAUUGGCCAUAGUUAAACACUACAAUUUGUGUUGCUUCUAUUAAAAUGAUCGCAAUGUGCCGAAAAAAGGAACAAACUUAAUUUAUUUUUUUUUUUGGCAAAGUAUUUCAUUCGUUACGUAAAUUAUUAUUGGUCCUUUUUAUAACUAGGAAAAACUAGCGUUCGAAUGUAACGAUACAAAUGAAAUAUUUGUAAAUGUUUGUUGCAAAAUUAUUCAUUCAAUUUUUUACAAAAUGAUCAAUAAAACAAUGAAUAUCGUAGAUCGUGAACUUCGAACGCUAGUCGUUUGAAAACAAACAAAAAACAUAGGAAUUUAUGAGGCAUUCGCAAGGAUAUUGUUAUUAAUUUUUAAGUUCUUUUUUUGUUAAAUGUUUGAUCAAUUAAUUAUGACGAAAGAAUUGUAAACGACCAGGUCGACAACUGUCGAUAGCUUUUUAGAAAAAAAAAAAGGCUCUUUUUUUUCAAAGUUA